AUGGCCAACGAACGCGAGCCUGAGAUCGUCUUGUACGACCUAGCUUGCACCAAGAACAUCUGCUUCUCGCCUGUAGUAUGGAUUAUCCGCCUCAUGCUCAACUAUAAGCAAGUUCCAUACAAGACCACCUUUCUCGAGUUCCCAGACAUUGAACCUACUUUGAAGGGACUUGGCUUGCUAUCCCAUGACUGUACGUCGAAGCACAAAUAUACGGUCCCCACCAUCCAUCACGUACGGACUAAUACAUACAUAAUGGACUCGCUACGCAUCGCGCAGUUCAUCGAGGCGACCUACCCCGACCCGCCGGUACCUCUAACCUCAGAGCUGGGAAGCGAAAUCGUGGCAAAAGCCCGCUGCGCGCUUAGCCCUGCCUUCCGUACUUCACUCAUGCCGCGUGAAAUCAACAUCCUGUCGCCUCGCUCGCAGGAGUACUUCCGGCGUACACGCGAGGCCUCGCUUGGCCAUCCGCUCGAGGACCUGCUCGUCCCGGAGAAGGAGGAACAAGCCUGGGAGGCGGUAGCGGACGCUAUGCGGGCCUUGGGCGAGUUGAUGCUCACGAACAAGGCGGAAGGACCGUUCGUGCUGGGCGCGUCGCCGGGCUACACCGACUUCUUUAUUACUGGGUCCCUCCAGACAGCCAGAGAGAUAGAUGAGGCGGUGUUCCAGAGAUGCAUCAAGUAUCCUGGUUUCAAAGAGGUCUACGAGGCUUGUCUGCCCUACAUGGAGAAAAGGGAUUAA